CAUGGGGCUUCUAUUUUCAGGUUUUUGGAUCAUAGGUGCUGUGCCAUAUCCCUUCAACCGAGUCGGACCUUUAUAACUGCCAUUCCCAGUCAGUGCCACCGGCAGUCAGAUCGGAAUCGGUUUCGGUUUAGGAUUCCACAAUGUCGUCCCAAAUCAAACACUGGCUGAUCCUCCAGCUCCUGCUGCUGACCCUUCUCAACGCUGCCUAUGCCGCACUCAAAGAAUCAUCAGAAGAAGGAGAAGAAUCGGCUGGCUUCUGGCGCCGCCAGGCCCAGGAGCAACUGAAGGAGCGGCUGGCUAGGACACGAGACUACACCACCGACAGUCGGCGGGCCAAGAACGUGGUGAUACUACUGGGCGAUGGACUGUCGGUUACCACCAUGACAGCGGGCCGCAUCCUCAAGGGACAGCGGCAGGGGAGGCGCGGCGAGGACUCCCGUCUGGCGGUGGAACAGUUCCCCUUCGCCGGCCUGUGCAAGACGUACUGCGUCGACGAGCAGACCCCGGACUCGGCCUGCACGGCCACCGCCUACCUGGGCGGAGUGAAGACCCUCAGUGGCGCUGUGGGGCAGAGCGCUAGCGGCGAGCCGGUGGAAUCGUUGCUUCUGUGGGCCCAGAAAGCGGGCAAGGCCACCGGAGUGGUGACCACCACCCGAGUGACGGACGCCAGUCCGGCUGGGUCGUACGCCCACGUUCCAAAGCGGGUCGAGGAACUGGAAAUUGCCCGCCAAUUGGUGGAGGAGGAGCCCGGCAGGAAUUUCGAGGUUAUCCUUGGCGGUGGACUGGGAAAAUUUAGAGCAGAGCGUCGCGACGGCAAGGAUCUAUUGGCUCUCUGGCGGGAAGAGAAUCCCGAUGGCUGCUUCGCUCGCAACAUGGCGGAGCUGAGGAACUGCAGCAACAGUGCCGGAAAAGUGAUGGGCAUCUUUAGCGACAACCACAUGCCCUACCAUUUGGCCUCCCACCGGGAUCAGCCCAGACUGAAGGAUAUGUCCGCGGCCGCCAUCAAGAAACUGGCGGAGAAAGCUCAGGAAACUGGAGAAGACCAUGGCUAUGUGGUCUUCAUCGAGGGCGGGCGCAUAGAUCACGGUCAUCAUGAGACACGGGUAGGCUAUGCCCUUGAUGAGAUGCUGGAGUUUGAUGCCGCUGUGGAGACAGUCCUCAAGAUGAUAGAUCCGAAGGAGACUCUGGUCGUGGUCACGGCGGAUCACUCGCACGCCCUGUCCAUGGCCGGCUACUCCCGCAGGGGCACAUCCAUCUUGGGCAUGGACGAACAGCAGCGGGACCUGGACGGAGUGCCGUACAGCACCUUGAAUUAUGCGAUUGGCAAGUGGCAGAGCCUGGACAAGGACGGCAAAAGGGAGAGUCCUUCAAAGACCCUGGGCCCAACCUCCUAUACGCCCAGCUAUAUUCGAGGACGGAAGGGCGUCCAUUCUGGCGAGGAUGUGGCCGUUUUUGCCAUUGGUCCUCAGGCUCAUCUAUUCGGCGGCGUCAUGGAGCAGAACCUCCUGCCCCACCUGAUGGGCUAUGCCGCCUGCAUGGGCGAUGGCCUGACAUGCUGCCACCAGGACCAGGUGCCCGGCUAGUUAUCAUUUUCUAUAUCUUUUCUUAACUUUUACAGAAAUGUGUAAAUUUUCGUUCGUAAUCCGUUUUUUUUUUUGCAAAAUACAUUGUUUAAAGUGAUCCACUCA